AGUUACGCUACUCCAUUCCAACAUGGCGACACCCUGGUUGGAAUUUGUGCAAAACGUUGCUAGUUGCUAGAUUAUUUCAACUAUACAAGCCAUUUAGUUUCCUGGAAGACAUUACCAUAUGACUAUUAUUAUAGUUUUUCUUAUGAGAAAACUGCUUUACGAGUGACUUCGAGAUGUUUCGCCGCGGACCUGCAAAGAAAGACCCCAACAACAAACCUGUGAAGAAGGACGCGAGCGACAGUGAUAAAUACGCCGAUCUCUUGGUUUUCGGUUAUGCCUGCAAACUGUUCCGAGACGACGAAAAGGCUCUUUACCACGAACAUGGAAAACAUCUAAUCCCGUGGAUGGGGGACAAGAGCAUCAUGAUUGAUAGAUAUGAUGGGCGGGGUCACUUACAUGACCUUUCAGAGUAUGACAGCGGGUCAUGGAAUACAUCCUACCAGCUGUCAGAGGAAGAGGCCAGGAUUGAGGCGCUGUGCGAUGAAGAGCGGUACCUGGCUCUGCACACCGACCUGCUCGAAGAAGAGGCAAGACAAGAGGAAGAAUACAAACGUUUAAGUGAGGCUCUGGCUGACGAAGGCACUUACAAUGCAGUGGCCUUCAAGUACAGCGCUGACUACUAUGAUCCCUCACAGCCCACAGAGGAGGAGGAGGCUAACAAGGAGCACGAGGAGGCAGAGCCGGAGGAAAGUGAAGAACCAUUUGUUGCCCCCCCGGGACUCUCUAUCCCACCAGAUGUGGAGCUGCCGGCAACCAUCAAGACGCACAACAUCAUCGAAAGGACGGCCAACUUUGUGUGUCAGCAGGGGGCUCAGUUUGAGAUUGUGCUGAAAGCAAAGCAGGCCGGGAACUCCCAGUUUGACUUUCUCCGCUUUGACCACUAUCUGAACCCGUAUUAUAAACACAUCCUGCGGGCCAUGAAGGAAGGUCGAUACAACCUUGUCUCUUCUAACAAGCAAGAGCAGUCUCAAGAGUCAGAUUCUGAAGAUUCUGAUGAUGAUGGAGAUGGCAACUACCUUCAUCCCAGUCUGUUUGCUCCGAAGAGAUGUUCUCGCCUGGAGGAGCUGACAAAGCCUCUUAAAGUUAUGGACCCAGAUCAUCCCCUGGCAGCAAUUGUACUAAAAGCUCAACAGGAAAGAAAUGGCACAGCAGCUGCAGUCACCGCUCCUGAGGAACCUGUGCCCGUUCCACCAGUCCAGUACUCUGCUGACCCUGUCUACUACGGAUAUUACAUGCUUCCAGACGGCUCAUACUGCGUCGCCGCACCUCCACCAGGUGUAGACGCCACGUCAUACUACAACAACAACAUGAAUUCAGGUGCCGUUUCAGCCCCUGCUUCUUCUGAGGCUUCUUCCCACAGUGAGAGUACUUCAGCACCUGCUGUAACAGUCACAGUGGCUCCAAAAGCUCCAGCUUCCUCGCAGGUUUCCACCCCUGCUGCUGCUGCUGCAAAUGUAGCAGAAAUCAGUAACUCCAAAGCUGAGGCUCCAGUUUCCACACCAGCGGCGCCAGCCAUCAUUCCCCCACCACCGGACAUCCAGCCAGUCAUAGACAAGUUGGCUGAGUAUGUUGCGAGGAACGGGGUGAAGUUUGAAGCCAGCGUACGCGCCAAGAACGAUCCUCGGUUUGAUUUUCUGCAGUCUUGGCAUCAGUUUAAUGCCUAUUACGAGUUUAAGAAGAAUUACUUUAUGCUUAAGGAAGGAAAAGCCCUACCAGAGAGUGCGAAAACAAAUGAAGACGAUGCGCUUGAAUCAGACAACUCCGCCAAUGAGGCGCAACUCUCAAAAGCCUCUUUUGCCCCCAUCUCCUUUGCCAUCAAGCCAAAGGAAAAUGACAUGCUUCCCUUUGAGAAGAACAGAGUGCGUCUCGACGAUGAUUCAGACGAGGACAAGUUUUUGGAAGAGGAGGUGAAUGCUGUGAUGGACGGAGCCGUGUUGGUUGAAAAAGAGCCUCCCCCUGUCAUUGUAUCUGACGAGAAGAAACCCACCCUUACUUUAGAAGAGCUGGAGGCAAAACAAGCCAAGCAGAAACUGGAGGAUCGUCUCGCAGCUGCAGCCAGGGAGAAGCUGGCCCAGGCAUCGAAGGAGUCCAAGGAGAAACAGCUACAGGCGGAGAGAAAGAGAAAGGCAGCGCUCUUCCUGCAGACGCUCCGCGGCCCAAUCGCUGGAGAGCCCGAGGCCAAGAGAGCUGAGCUAGAGUCAUAUACGCAACAAGAGCUGCAGGAAGCCUACUCUGCUCUGUCUGGCUCUGCAUCUCCUCAAGUGUGCAACGCACCACCUGCGUGUCCUCAGGAUCAAAGACUGUCUCUGGAGAGCCAAGUAGUGAACCGUAAGAGGGAGCACCAAACGGGCUCGUCAUCCUCGUUGCACUCUUCGUCCAAAGGCCCAGAGAGACACAGAGACAGAGAUCGGUACAGAGAUCGAGAAAGAGAUCGCGACAGAGACAGAGACCGAGCGCGAGACAGGGAUCGGGAUCGAGACAAAGGGAGGGAUAAAGACAAAAAGAAGAAGAAGCACAGGAGGAGAUCCAGAUCGAGGUCAAAGAGCAGACACGCACUUCCUAGUGCCUACAAAAGAGGUCGCAAGUCUCGAUCCCGCUCGCGUUCUCCCGGGAGGAGGGACAGGAGGGCACCCUCGCCUGAAAAGAGACGUGAGGAGAGAGAUCGUUAUCAUCCCAGCAGCCAGUCCAGCUUGCCCAGGGGCCAUUCAAGAUCCAGGUCCCCUCUGGAGCAAAAAAGAAACUUAUUAUCCUUGUCAGGGCAGAUGCAAACCGCAGGAUCAUCUGUCUCUCCAUAUUCCUCACCCAGAGUUUUCUCUCAUUCAGCGAGCCCCGUGUCCAGCCUCGGCCACUCAAGGGGUGGUUCUCAGGAGAAAGACAAGGCAGUGUCUUCUUCAAUAGUAUCCUCUGUGCAGUCCAAAAUAACUCAGGAUCUGAUGGCCAAAGUGCGAGCCAUGCUUGCUACAUCCAAGACCUUCCAGCCUCCCACAUCCUAAAAAGGGCAUACAUCCUUAUUCUGUACCCACCGCAGCCUCCGUCGGUCAAUGGGCGGCGUUCUCCAAUUUCCUGGAGAUUCAUCUCGCUCUCAUCGGUGUCUAUCGGCGACGUCUUUAUCUGUGAUUUAUUAUUUCUUUUAUGUUUGAGCUCAAGCAGACUGUUUUGCUGCAGAAGGUCCUCCGCAGUGUCGUAAGAAUAAAGCUGGAGCUGUAAGCGUCUGGUUUCACACUUGACUGGAGAAGGCGGCUCAUUUGCUGCGAGAUUAAGACACAGUCAAAAUGUUUUGGUGCGGCGAGAAUCAAUUGUGGAAAUAAACCAUGUGUUAUUUUGCAUUCUGUUUUAUGAUAAACCCGUAAAUGAUGUCAGUCAUUUCUGCAGCGUUACGUGGAGCUGUGGCAAGUGUAAUUAUCUCCUUCUGUGAAGGUUUGUGUUUGAUAAUUUCAUUUCUCUCUUUCAUAUCUGCUUUUCUCUGCAGCUGUUUCCUUCUCCGUCUCUCCUCUCUCCAUUAUUUCAGCAACUGAAGAAGUGGUUUUAAUUUUUUAUUCAUUCCCUCAGCUGUACUGUGUGGCCUUCUAUUUCUGUUCCUGGUUUGUACUGCAAUCAAUUUGAUGCAGGACAACUUUGUAAACUGAACAGUCAAUAAAGUUUCCGUUAUGACUCA